AUGUCACUAGUCGAACCAUCAAUCAUGUUUUUUGAUGAAAAUAUUGAAAAGAUCGAAUCUGUCAUAUUGAAUUUGGAUCAAUGCACAACACAAAGUUUAGGAUUUAUUGGAAGUUUAUUCGGUAAUAAUUGUAAUCUCAUUUCUGAUUUGAAAUUGGAUUUGUGGUUUUCCAGAAAAAUCAAAUUUGAAAAAAUUGAUGUAAAAUUCAUUUCAAAAUUUGAAAAAUUGCAAAAUCUUUCAAUGGUUUUGGUUCAUGCCAAUGAAUGUGUGGAUUUGAUUUUUGAUGAGUUGGAAAGAGGAAAAUUUAAUGAAUUGAAGAAAUUCGAAUUGGCCAUUCGUUGCACCACUUUAUUGAGUCCUCAAAUUUUGAGAUUGGCUAAUAUUUUGGAACAAAUGAAAACGUUGAAACACUUGACAUUGGAAAUAUUACACGUACAACCUUCACAAAAAGCAAUGAAUACUUUGAUAGAGUCACUCUAUUAUAUUCCAUUUCUCAAUCUUAGAGUAAAGUUGAAUGCUCAAUUCACGAUGGAACCAUUGCGUAAUCUUUCUGGGAAAUGUAGAGAGCUUUCCAUGAAAAUUGAAAAUGGAGGAGCCACUCAGGAAAUUUAUUUGGAUCAGGUUAAGAAUUUGGCAAAAUUAGAGAUUGAUUCUUUGCCAAACUCUCGUGCAAUGUUGAAUUCAUAUAUGAAGGAAUUGAUUAUUGGGGAUUAUGCUUCAAAUUUGCAACAACUUUUAAAGAAUGAUUUUCUCUUGGGAAAUACUUUUGACAAUUUGAAGAGAUUGGAAUUGAUUCAUGUUGGAAAUGUAUUGGAUGCUCCUAAUGUAUUUCCAUCUUUGGAAUAUGUACAUUGUUCAAAUUGCUCGUUUAGGAGUAGCAUUGAGUUCUUUUCUAAUAGUAGAAAAUUGAAGAGUUUAGUGUUGAAAUUUUGUGUUUUUGAAACAAGAUCUACAACAGAAUUGAGGUGCAAAGAAUUGGAAGAAUUGGACAUUACCACCUCUGGUACCUGCACUAAAUUUCUUGAUAUUCCUGCAUUGAGAGGACUGAAACUCAAAAAACUAACCAUCUUUCCUGUAACCACAUUUUUAGCUUAUUCAAACUUUGUAUCCAAUGCAAGUCAGACAUUAGUGGACCUAUCAGCUAUUGAGGAAAUGUCAAGUUUGGAAUAUUUGAAUUUAGGAGAAUAUUACGACAAGUUUUCUUUUGACAAGUUGACUAAUCUGAAAUAUUUGGAGAUUCGAGAUGUUAGAUCUGAGGGGAUUUUAUCAUUUUGUACAAAUGACCAUUUACUUCAUAAUUGCAUUAUUCAUUUUGAAAAUACUUAUGUGAGGGAUAUUUUUCCAACUUAUUCAGAAAAUGGAAUUGCUAAGGUUGACAAGUCAAUUCAUCGAUUAAUUAUUUCCAAAUUGAAAGGGUUGGGUUGUCAUGUGAAAGGUGUUAAAUUUGUUAUAAUAUCAACAAAGUAUAUCUACGUUUCUUUCCAUGUGCAAUCCAAGAAACAAUUGGUUUAUUCAUUUCCUAGUUUCAUUCUAAUUAGUAGAAAGCAACCAUAUUCAAUUUUGGCAAGUGGAAGAAGUUUCGAAAAGAAACAAGAAAAAUUCGAAGAUUCAUGGGAUAUACCUCCAAAUGUCGACCAAAAUAAAUGUGAUAUCCAAUAA